AUGCCCCAAAUGAGCCAUAAUAACAGAGUACUAAGUGAUUCUGAAGAAGAGCACUCAGACGAAGAUCAACAAAUCGUUGACUCUACAAACAAACUUCAGUUGCAGUCUACAAAUAAUGAGGGGAGUACGUUACACACGGAAAUUAUACCAGAUGAACAUCCAGAAUAUAUAUCUGCAGAUGCAGAAUUGGCUGCAGAAAUUCCUGAUGAUGCAGAUGUAAUCGACUUAGUGCAUCUUAAGGUUCAAGCGCUUGAAGAUUUGAACCUAAUUCGUUUCAAGAACUUAAAGAGGUUAUAUUUGAGACAGAAUUUGAUUGAGUCUAUAGCCGAAUUGGAGGUACUUCCACUUGAGAAAAUGGAAGAAAUUGAUCUCUACGAUAACAGGAUCAAACAUAUCUCGAAGAGUGUUAACCUCUUCCCUAACUUGAAAACCUUGGAUUUAUCCUUUAACAAGAUUAGAAAUAUAAAGAACGUGGACAAGUUGGUCAACCUUGAGAAUUUGUACUUUGUUCAAAACAAAAUCUCUAAGAUCGAAAACUUGAGUACUCUUAAGAAUCUAAAGAAUCUUGAGUUAGGUGGUAACAGAAUCAGUGAAAUUGGACCAGACGACUUAAAAGGUUUGGAUAAUUUGACAGAGAUCUGGUUGGGGAAAAACUCUAUUUCCAGAUUGAUGAACUUGUCACACCUCAAGAAUCUACGGAUUUUGAGCAUCCAGUCCAAUAAGAUUAAGAAAAUGGAAGGUUUAGAAGAUUUAGAGAAUCUUGAGGAGUUAUACCUCUCACAUAACUUCAUAACCAAGAUCGAAGGUCUUGAGAAGAAUACGAAAUUGACCACAUUGGAUGUUACUGGCAAUAGAUUAACAAAGAUCGAAAACUUGAAGCACUUAGUCCAUUUAACCGAUUUGUGGGCAUCUGAUAAUCAAAUUGACCAAUCCUUCGAAUCCUUGGGUGAAGAACUUGGACAUCUUCCUGAAUUUGAAACCAUUUAUCUAGAAGGGAACCCAAUACAGACAAAAAACAGAACUCAGUAUAGAAGAAAACUUGUAUUGAAUUUGGGAGAAUCUUUACAAAAAAUUGACGCAACUUACGUACGUGCUUGA